UCGUUUAUAACCUCAGUUUGUAGUUGAGGUUCAAAGUUCCUACAAAUCACGAGGUCUGCUCUGCUGCCUUCAGGUGCUGUUGGUAGUAUUGGACAUCACACAACUCACUGAAACAUGCCUGAUGAGCCCCGACUACGCUCUAACGAAAGCAGACCAACAACAAAACGCACAUUAAAAUGCUGAUGAUAACAACACCUAUACUGAAACAUAUAGACCAUUUUCAAAAUAGGUAAGAAAAGUAUUUUAAAUACAGUAAAGCAACUUACUACAAUGAAUGCAGUGCACUAAUACAAUAACAAGACCAGUGAGAGUCUACUGCCAUGCUAGCAGCUCUACAGUUGAGCUAAACGCUAAUCAUCAGCAUGCUAACAUACUCACAGUAAUACGAACAUGUUUACUAUCUUAGUUAACUUCAGGUUUUUUGUCAAGUCUUAGUUGACCUUGUUAGCAUGCUAACAUUUGCUGAUAAGCACUAAACACAAAGUACAGUUGAGUUGAGGCUGAAAACGUGAUCCGUUUUUCAGAUAUUUGGGCAUAAAGUUAAAAGCAUUGGAACAACUUUAAUUUUAACCUGAUGAUGAAACUAUAUAAAGAAAAGGCAAGGGUAUCACUGAAGUGAUAAAGCUACCUCUAAUGAGAAGUGAAGCUUUGUAUCAAAUUUGUUUGAGUUUUUUUGCAGUAGUCAGGUACUCAUGCAAUUAAAGGCAACAUUUAAAGCUCUUCCUGUAAUGGGAAUUGUAGUUUUACUGCACACAGACAGACACAUUGCCACACAUAAAUGCUUGAGUGUGGUCUUCAUGGUGAGUUUAAAAUAACCACAUCCAGAUUUAUAUUUAAUAUCAAAUGAAGGCUAGACUGGCAGGUCAGGUUUCAAUUUGACAUGUUUUAAAUUUGUGGACACUUUUACGUAAGCCACAGUAGACAAACAUAAUUUAAAAUACAUGUUGACAGCAGUUUAAGAUGAUUGAAACUAAAGAAAAAUACUACAUAUAUGAUGGCACAUUCAGAGUGUAAAUCACCAUCAACAACACUUUAAGUUUUAGAUUACCGACAUUUUUCUUUUUUCGUCAUCAAAAUACUCACUGCUACGUGAGUGUGCAAACAUUUACAGUGUGUUUAAGAAAGAGUGAGGGUUAGCAGGUUGGCAUUUUCGACCAGGAAAGGUUGUUGGGGGCAAAGUAAAGGCUGAGGGGGGCAGGGGUGCUCUUGGAGUAGGAGAGGUCGAGGAUCGAAUUUCGGCCCGAAAGCAUUCCCUACAGGCCCACAGAGCGUGAGAGAGCACAAGUGAAGACCGCGAGUGACAUACAAACAAGCUUAACUAACUUCACCCGAGCUGCAGAUUAACGCCAAAGCAGCAGCCCCUGAAGGAGCCACAAUGCUCCUCUGCCACCUCCCCUCCUCUCCUAAACAUGACACACGAAGGAGGGACGACAUGGCGGAUGAGGAGGAGGAGGGGUUGUCUGGACAUCAUCAUGAGGGAAUUGAUACACAAACUGUCUCAGAAGGAGCAAAGGGUGAGCCCUAAAGGCACCCCGAGGUGGAGGUACAGCAGCUGGGUUAUGGUCGCUCUCUGGAGGUGUGAUUAGUUUGAAUCAUCAGCCCUGACAGGCAGACGGACCAGAGGAGGUUUCUACUGGAUGAACUGGACAUGGUGAUGAGCAUGAAGCUGACUGCAUGUAUGGAGCGUUUUGCAUGGAGGGUCCGCAUGGUGUUGUUUACAAUACAGUUUAUAAUUAAAAAAGAACAUUUCUCAGCUGAAUUUACAAAGAAAACUGAGAGUGAAGAAACAAGAAAAGUAAGAAAAGAAACAGAACCAAGAGGAAAAAAAGCCUAAAGGAUGGAUAAUCAAGACAAAGGAGGAGGUGAAAGAGAAGAAGGAGGAGGGCAGACAAAUGAAAAUCAGAAAGCUGAGGAGGUUGGUGACGAAGAAAAAUGGACCAAAGACAAGAACAACAAGCUAGAGAAGGAAAUCAGUGAGAAGGAGCCGAGCAGAGUGGCCAAGAAGGAGAAACGCCAGUCGAGGACCGGCUGGGCUCUGACGGAACGCCUAGCCAUCAACGUGUCAGGGAUGCGUUAUGAGACGCAGCUCCGCACCCUCGCCCAGUUCCCAGACUCCAUGCUUGGUGACGCUGGACGUCGCGUCCGCUACUUUGACCCCUUGCGGAACGAAAUCUUCCUGGACAGGAGCCGCGUCUGCUUUGAUGCCAUCCUGUACUUUUACCAAUCAGGCGGGAGACUGCGGAGGCCCGCCAACGUCCCACUGGACAUGUUCCUGGAGGAGCUGCGCUUCUAUGAGCUCGGAGAGGAUAUCAUCGAACGCUACAAAGCAGAUGAAGGGUUCCCCAAGGAGGAGGAGAGGCCCUUACCCGCCAAUGACUUGCAGCGUCGCCUCUGGAUGCUGUUUGAGUAUCCAGAGUCCUCCAGCGGAGCUCGCAUCAUCGCCAUCAUCAGCGUCAUGGUCAUUGUGAUCUCUAUUCUCAUCUUCUGCCUGGAGACACUGCCUGAGUUCAGGAACGAGAAGGAAAAGAGGGAGAAAUUCACCACCAUAGCUCACCCAACCAUAGCGAACGAAACCAUCUUGGUCCCACCUGGCUUCACGCCCUUCCAGGACCCCUUCUUCAUCGUAGAGACGAUCUGCAUCAUCUGGUUUUCUUUUGAACUAGUUGUGCGCUUGCUCUGUGCUCCGAGCAAGGUGCACUUCUUCAAGGACGUCAUGAACACCAUCGACUUCUUCGCCAUCAUUCCCUAUUUCGUCACCCUGGGUACGGAGCUGGCCAGGGACAAAACCGAGCAACCAUCCGUGUCCCUUGCCCUAAUCAGAGUCAUCAGGCUGGUGAGGGUCUUCAGGAUCUUCAAACUCUCUCGUCACUCAAAGGGCCUCCAGAUCUUGGGUCAGACGCUGAAGGCCAGCCUCAGAGAGCUCGCCCUGCUCAUCUUCUUCCUCUUCAUCGGAGUCAUACUCUUUUCUAGUGCUGUCUACUUUGCAGAGGUCGACAGUCCUAACACAUCGUUCACCAGCAUCCCUGAGGCGUUCUGGUGGGCUGUUGUAUCCAUGACAACGGUCGGCUAUGGGGACAUGUACCCGGAGACGGUGGGCGGUAAGCUGGUGGGCUCCAUGUGUGCCAUCGCCGGCGUGCUCACUAUAUCUUUGCCAGUCCCGGUCAUCGUGUCGAACUUCAGCUAUUUCUACCACCGUGGGAAUGAGUGUGAGGACACGACAGAGUACAACCAUGUCCCUACGUCCGUCUGGGAGGGAGAGGACGGUGAAGAGGGAGAAGAUGAGGAAGGAUUGGAAGAGGAGAAAGAACACAAGGGAGAUUAUGCCCCAUUGUACGGACAGGACACCAGGGCUAUCUGCCCCCCGCUCAAUGGGACUCUCCUGGCAGGACUCUGUGACGGACAGGAAGCUGGUGAACGCAGAGGGUUUAACUUCUACCUCAAAGAACCUCUGGUCACUCAGGUUUGAUCGAGAAAACACUUCAAACUGCUUCAAAUUCAGAAAAGGAGAGUAUCAAGAAGUAUACUUCUGAGUGAAAGAAACAUGUACACAAGGAUUUGUACUGAUAUAAGCUGAAUUUGUUACAUUUGAGGCUUCUGUGUGAUUAUAUGAUUGAUUGAUAUACACUAGGCAUCUGUUUUUCUUAAUAAAUAUGAGUUAAUCGUCUUAAAACCCUAGAGGUUGUUUGGCAAAAUGUACCUUUAAAGACAAUGUCAAGACUCUUUAGAUAACUAUUUUACCUGUGAAGAUAAACUUCUGUUGUUGCAAUGUUGAGGUAGAAUGAAGGAGUCUGGAACCGUCAGUGCCAAAGCACUGAGAGUUUUAUUGAUCACAGUACAUUAAUACGGCCGGGGAGAUCACUUAGUUUCACACUGUCCCGUGCUCCACCAUCAUGAUCUCUGCCCCAGAAUAGACCCAACACGCCUCAACAUGAGGAGAGGCGGGCUAACAGAAGCCCGCGUUUACCUAAUCAAUAGCAGAUGGGAGACAAUAGUCUACUUGUCUCAAAGAGAUGCAGACAAGCCUCAACCCUCCCCCACGGAUAUAGGAGAAGCGUUUGACCUGUGACCUCAACUUACAGAGGAGUCUUUGACUGAUAAGUCAAACACAUGUUUGCAGUAUCACAGAAUCUAAGAAACUAUAGGAAACUCUAUAAACAGAUCAGAUUAAAAUAUUCUCUUACAUUACCCACUGAUCAACUAAACAAAAGAUUUUAUGACAUUCUCUGCAUUCUUGCUCGUUUUAGGCAGGAAAUAUAAUUUAGAGAAACAUGUUGCAGAGACAUACAACACUUAUUAUCAUGUUGCAGUAUAACAUAUAUGUUAUACAAUCCCUGUUUAUUGAUGUCACUAUUACUGUUGUGGACAAUAAAAAGUGUGCCAUGUAGGAAAUCCAUUAACCGCACAUUAGUCUGAUGCCGUAAACUGCAAUGCCCUGAACUGCUGCUGUGCACAUACUCUUUAAUAGAUUAAUGUGCAGUAAGGGUUACAGUUGCUUAUGACCUGUAAUGGUCAGAGUUAUGGUAGAAAUGUGACGCAAUAAUCUUGUGCUGAUGUUGACAACAAAGAAAUCGAUCAUCAUGGAGGUGGUGGUGACAGAGUUCAUGUAGUUGGAAUGAAUCCAGUUUGUAUGUUCUAUACAGCCGUGUAAUACAUACAGCCUCAAGAGAUGGUUGGAAAACUGAUAUCAGGUCAGCUGACACUUCUGACUUCUGAGCAACACUAUACUCUGAUGGUCUGAGGCGAUAGUACUCACCGGCUUCACAGCUUGGGCUUUACAUUAAUGACUUCAUUGCCAGUUAACUCUCUGUCUUAUACUAUGCAAUGUAUACAGGUUAUUGAAAGUCAUUAAUAAUAUCAAAAAUUCUCCAUCUGUACAUUUAGAAAUUGGCUGUUGGUAGUUUCAUUCAGCUGAUUCCAAUCAUGUAUUGAUUCAUCAGCUGACUUUUAACAGCAAAUCACAUUCAAGCAGAUGUUGAAUGCAGCCUUUAUAACACCCCUGACACCUCUUGGUUAUUUAAAUACACUUCUGCCAACUCGCUACACCACACCUAUCUCUUCCUUAUGUGUUAAGUUUUAAUAUUUUUGAUUUAGAAAAAGUAUUUAUUUAUCUGUGAAUUAGCAAGGGGUUAGUUGUUCCAUCAGAGUUCAUAUUUGCUGCUCAGACUCCCAAGAGAGCUCCAAAUACAGAGCAGAGCUUGCAUUAUCACAAUAUAACUGGCUUACUACUUGUUAUAAAAUCAAAUCUAUGAUGUUUGUGCCUCUGAGUGAAAAAAGAGACCAGUUCAGACCAGUUAUUUGUAGUAAUCCUCCUUUAUGUUGUCCAUCUGUAUCUCAAUCUUUAUUUAUUUGUAGGCAUACUUUGCUGCGAACCGUGGUGGAAGGCAUGACAAUACGAAAUGGUGUUCUACAAUAAAGCUUAUGGAUGAAUGAUAAUGUGGAUAAACCAUGAGACAUUUUGGAAGUUUUUGAUACUUUUCUUUGUGAAUUCUGUGUGUUUGUGACCUUUAACUAAAGAAUUGCAAUUGCAGCCAAAAAACUAAACGAUGUAAGGAGAUACAUGUUUUUUUCUAAAUCAUGUUGUAUAGAGUUUUACCUUAAAAAGCGGUGUGGUUAUAUAACAUGUUUUAUAAGUGAGUGAUUUUUACAGUGUGAAUGUGGCUUGACCUGCAUAUAUUUUGAGGACCGAUGUGGCUGAGGAUAUGUAUAUAUAGGAUGUCUCACUUUAUUUAAUAAAGACCACAUGUGAUUCA